AUGGCGGUACUCAGUGCCACCCUGGCUGGUGACAGAGAACUUUUGCUUUUUUCCCACUGUUUUUCUCCUAAGCCCUGGUUCAUUGGAUGAAGCAUUUACCUCACCAGUCCCAUUUGGAGCAGAGCUUUGAUGGGCAGAAGUGUUAUCAAAGGAAAGAUGUUAGUGAUGCUACAGAGACUUAAACCCACACUUGCUGGGAUCACUGGGAUCAAGGAGCUGGGUUACUCAAUUCCAUUCCCAUUCCCUCUACUGACUUCCCAAAACCUCUGCAAAGACCCAUCACACUCUAAAUGGUACCACCUCACCCUGCAAAUACUAGACCUGAGCUUGCGUUUGGCCACAGUCUGUGCAUCUUUGGGUUCUUGUGAUAACUUCUGCUGCUUCAGUUGGGACAGUUAA